UCUAGGAUGACUCGGAUAUGACAUUUGAUCUCUUACCUGUUUAUUAAAUCUAGGAUGACUCGGAUAUGACAUUUGAUCUCUUACCUGUUUAUUAAAUCUAGGAUGACUCGGAUAUGACAUUUGAUCUCUUACCUGUCACUGGGAAUAUGCGUCCUCCACAGGGGCAGGAGACGCGCAGCUUUCUGGAGGACAAGGAGACGCUCGCAGCGGUCAUCAGUGGGGGUGUGGGGGCCCUGGUGUUGGCGCUGGUCCUUGUGGGGGUGCUGGUCUACUACAUGAAGAGGAGGGAGAAGGCCAACUACGGCCCCCCCGCGCAGCACACACACGUCAACAGCACCACCUACCACAAGGCACCCACCAAAGACGAGUUUGUCAUCGCGUAGCCUCCGCAUGCCCCAAAGCCCCCCCCCCUUACACACACACAC